GCCUGCCUUUCUUCCUCCUCCCUCGGAAACACCAUCCCCUCUUUUGGUUGUGUCUCCAGGUUUCGCCUACUCCGCCACCCGUAGCACAUUCUUCUCGGGUUCGUCGGAGGAUUCGACAUCGUCUGUCGGAAUUUGCACGGCAUCAUCCAUUCCGCCGAGGAGAGUCCCCGGCGGAGUUGCGGUCGGGAAGCGAUUGCAAGGGUGAUGGAGCAAUUCCGGCAGAUCGGUGAAGCUCUAGGAAGCAUCAAGGCUCUGAUGGUGUUCCGCGACGAGCUGCGCGUCAACCAGCGCCAGUGUUGCUUGCUCGUGGAUGCCUUCAACCUCGCCUAUCACGGCAUAGCGGAGGAGAUGAGAAGCCAUCUAAGGUUCGACGAGAAGCUCAUCAAGUGGAAAGCCCUCGAGCCGCCUCUCAAGGAGCUCCACCGGAUAUUCCGAGAGGGGGAGCAAUACAUCAAACAGUGCUUGGAGGCCAGGGACUGGUGGGGGAAAGCCGUAGCCCUCGGCCAGAACGCCGACUGCGUCGAGUUCCACAUCCACGACCUGCUAUGGUGCAUCCCCGUCGUGGUAGAGGCGAUCGAGAACGUCGGGGAGAUCACGGGAACCGACCAAGAAGAGAUAUACAGGAAGAAAUUUGUCUUCUCCAAGAAGUACGAGAAGGACUGGUUGGAGCCCAAGCUGUUUCAGCUCAAGCUGGGAAAGACGUACUUGGUCUCGCAAGAACUGUGCAGCAGGAUGGACACGGCAUGGAAGGAAGAUCGAUGGAUCCUAUCGGAGAGGAUAGCCGAGAAGCGAAGCCCUGGAUCGAAGCCCCUGACGAAGCAAGAGAACCGGCUCGCUGAGCUCCUGGUGUCUCCCAACGGGAAACUCUUCCCCUGCUCGCUUCUCACCGGAUCCAGCGACUACCAGGUCAGAAGAAGAUUUGGGUCUGGAAACAACUACAAGGAAGUGCAGUGGUUGGGCGAGAGCUUCUCCGUGAAGCAUGUCAUCGGUGAGAUUGAGCCACUGAUGAGUGAGAUAUCUCUCCUCUCGUCCAUCACGCACCCGAACGUCGUGCGCUACAUGUACUCGUUUGUCGACGAAGAGAAGAAAGAGAGCUACAUGGUGAUGGAGUUGAUGAGCAAGGAUCUCUGCAGCUACAUCAACGAGAUCUCUUCCACGAGGAGAAAGGUCCCCUUCCCUCUGCUGGUGGCGGUGGACACGAUGCACCAAAUCGCGAGGGGAAUGGAGUAUCUUCACGGUAAGAACAUAUACCACGGCGACUUGAAUCCUUCGAACAUAUUGGUCAAGACAAGAAACUCUUCGCCGGAUGGGUAUCUGCACGUAAAAGUGACCGGCUUUGGUCUGUCGUCGGUGAAGAACUCCAAACCUUCGGCAAACCAAGCACCUGCCACCAACCCAUGCAUCUGGUAUGCCCCGGAAGUGCUCCUGGAGCAGGAGACGUCGGGGGAGAGCGGUAGCGCAUCGAAGUGCACGGAGAAGGCAGACGUCUACAGCUUUUCGAUGUUAUGCUUCGAGCUGUUGACGGGGAAAAUCCCCUUCGAGGACGAUCAUCUCCAAGGGGAUAAGAUGAGCAAGAACAUAAGAGCCGGUGCAAGGCCGCUGUUCCCGUUUCACUCUCCCAAGUUCCUCACCAACCUCACAAAGAGAUGUUGGCACGCCGAUCCCUCUCAGCGACCCAGCUUCUCUUCCAUCUGCAGAGUGCUUCGGUACAUCAAAAGGUUCCUAGUCAUGAACCCAGAUCACAGCCAGCCUGAUGCACCGAUGCCACCGGUGGAUUACUUCGACCUCGAAACCAGUCUGUCCAAGAAAUUCGCAAGCUGGGCAAGGAAGGACACUCCCCGCGUCUCAGAAAUCCCCUUUCAAAUGUAUGCCUACAGGGUCGUGGAAAGGGAGAAGACGAGUGCCAACGUCAAGGACAAGUGCUCGGAUUCGGGGAGCGAAGUAGCGUCACUUUGCGGCGAUGAGAACGUGUUUAGCAUAACUCCCCCAGAUGACGCGGUGUCUACCUCUGUGAACACCGCAAAGUCGUCGUCUCAGAAUUCUGCUGAUGCCAAGAACAAGUCCUCCGCCAAGAAAGCAAAUGGCAAGUCCAACAAGCAAACAGGACAACAUCAAAAACUAGGAAGCACGAGACCACCGCACCUUUCAAUGUUUGGGCGCAACCUCAGGACGAACCCUGGGAGCCGAAUUCAACCAAUCAUGAUGAGUCCAAGGAGGAGGGCAACAGGGCAUGCAUCGGAUUCCGAGCUGACAUAGACCUGAAACCCUCGUAUUACGAUCAACAACUACAUUUCCAAGGAAGACCAACUCGAGGUGGUAGUUCGCAAGAACAGAUCCACAGAGCUCAUGCACAAAAUGUCGGACAGUAACAUUAGUGUCCUGCUUAAUCUUGACCUUGUGAUGGUCCUUCUGGAAGCAAUGGAGUCAAAAUCACCUGCAUGCUCUUGUGACACGAUCAAUGCACUUUGCAGCUCCUUGUAAAGAACACCACUAUGUACUGUGUCUUUCUUGUUAGUUCGAUUAAAUGUGAAUCUAUUUCUUUUUUA